GGGCGAAGGGGGCUCCACGCGGGGGCCGUUCCCUGGCUUCUUCCGCCAGACCUUACAAUCGCCGGCCGGGCGUAGGUAAAGCCAAAGGCUAGGGGCGCCGUGCGAGGGGGGCCUGCGCGGGAGGACGUGGGCUUAGGCACAGUCCUGCGGAGGAAGCGGCUUCGCGCUCAGCUGUGUCCCUGGAAGCUGGCAUUCUCCUCUAAUGAAGAGCUUUUCUUUACCCACUGGGGAUGAUUGCUGAUGUCAGUUCUUCCUAAAAAGGAUGGCCGCCCUUCUUCUAAAGAGGCUAACAUCACAAACCAUAAAGACUGGAAGUUACUACAUCAGCCGAUGUCCUGGUAAAUGCACCCUGCGUGAGACCAUCUCAGCGCAGCGGUCCCUCAGAGCUUCUGUCCCAAGACUGUCCUCCUGGGUUCAUGCAAAAGCUUUCAGUACUGUUGCGGACCCCCAGGACGAAAGAAAGAAGAAGAAAAAGAGCGAGCCGGCUUUUAAUAGCAUCGGGAGAAAAAUUCACGAGCGAGUCAUUCACGUGCUGGAUGAGGCGGGCAAUGAUUUGGGAAACAUGCACCGAGCAGACGUGAUCAGGCUCAUGAAUGAGCGGGACCUGAAGCUUGUGAAACGGGACAGCGGCACCGAGUCUCCCCAGUACCAGCUCUUGACGGGGGCACAGAUUCAUAAGGAGCAACUGAGGCUUCGGGAACUGGAAAAGGCCAACCCCAAAGCUGGAUCUACCCUGACAAAGGAACUCAGUUUUUCUUCAAAUAUUGGACAACAUGACUUGGAUACAAAGAGUAAACAGAUUCAGCAGUGGAUUGAGAAACAGUACAAAGUUCAAAUUACUAUAAAGAAAGGGAAGAACCCAGAGGAACCAGAACAGAAGAUGGAGGAGAUCUGUAAUCAAAUACUCCAGACCAUGCCUGGACUAGCUACCUUCUCAUCCCGGCCACAGCCUGUUCGGGGAGGAAAAGCUGUAAUGUGUGUUCUUCGUCAUUUGAGCAAAAAGGAAGAGAAUGCCUGGAGAGAAGCUCAAGGAACCCAGAAAGGAGACGCUUUGAAUAAAGAAGACAGAAACAAUCAAGAAUCAGAUGUUGUGCAUCAGUGAUUUUAAUAAAGAAAAAUGUGCUUCUGAGUGGAAGUCAA